AUGAAGUCCUCUGAGUUGCUUUUGUUGCUGGCUGCGACUGCCUCAACGGCCCAGGCUAGUGAUAAGUCUGCCCGCCCUCGUGGUGUAGGCCCGGAAUUUGCCAAAUUCUACCAGGACUUGCCAACCUUCACUUGCAUCUCGAACCCUUCGAUCCAAAUCCCUUUCUCGGCCGUCAAUGAUGACUUUUGUGACUGCCCUGAUGGAAGUGAUGAGCCUGGCACAGCUGCCUGCGCACAUAUUUCACGCAACUCUCCACAGGUAGUUGCAGACCGACCUGGCAACAGCGAUCUGGAUAUCGCUCUCGCUCUUCCCGGAUUCUACUGCAAGAACAAGGGCCACAAGCCAUCUUACAUUCCCUUCCAACGAAUCAAUGAUGGAAUCUGUGACUAUGAAAACUGCUGCGAUGGCAGCGACGAAUGGGCCCAUGUCGGUGGAACCAAGUGCGAAGACCGCUGUAAAGAGAUCGGCAAACAAUGGCGAAAGCAGGAAGAGCAGCGCCAAAAGUCCAUGACUGCUGCUUUACGAAAGAAGAAGGACCUCCUCGUCGAUGCUGGUCGUCAGCAGCAGGAAAUUCAGGAUCACAUUGUUGGGCUCGAAGCCGAGAUCAAGGGUGCCGAGGUCAAGGAAGAGAGCCUUGAGGCUGCUUUGAAGACCGUCGAGGAACAGGAGCGCAAGAUCGUCCGUUCUGGAGGUGGCAAAGGCAAGGGCAAGGUCAAUGUCCUUGCUAAUCUCGCCAAGGGCCGCGUUGACGAGCUGCGUAAUGCGCUCGUGGAUGUGCGUCGCCAGCGGGAUGAGACUCGUGAGCGAGUGAAGGAGCUCGAGGAUAUCCUGGCCAAGGUCAAGGUUGAAUACAACCCAAACUUCAACGACGAGGGUGUCAAACGUGCGGUCCGCAGCUAUGAGGACUAUGCUGCUCGGGAGGAUGUAAUCAAUGAUGUGAACAGUGCCCAGGACCGUGACCUGGAUGAGAUUGCCAAGGUGGAUGGCGAGGAAAGCGGUGUUAACUGGGAACACUGGGAGAAUGAAGAAGAUGGCUGCCAGAACUCAGAUCUUGUUUACAAGUUGGCAGCUUAUCUCCCACCUUCGCUUGUCAAUUUCAUUGAAGACAAGGUCAUCUUAGCAAAGAGCUUCCUCGAAGAAAGCGGCAUCGUUGCCAAGACCGAUGAGGACUCUUCUUCGGAAUCCAAGGCCGUUACCCAAGCACGCGAUGCCCUCAAGUCCGCACAGGACUCUGUGACCGUUCUGAAAAACAAGCUGCGCGACCAGCGUGCUGACCUUGAGACUGACUACGGUCCUUCCUCUAUCUUCCGUGCACUGAAGGGAGUUUGCAUCACGCAGGAUGCUGGCGAGUACACAUACGAGCACUGCUUCCUGCAAUCGACCAAGCAAAACCAGAGAAAGGGAGGCAGCUCCGUGGCCAUGGGCAAAUUCUCCCAUGUUGGAACCACCAGCGUUGAGGAAAUCAACGAGGCCGGCGAGGUGAUCUCUGUUGAGAAAACCGUGAUCGAGUACACCCGUGGCCAGUCCUGCUGGAACGGACCUAAUCGCUCCACCAAGGUCAUCUUGGAGUGUGGCGAGGAAAACAAGAUCUUGAAGACGGCGGAGGAUGAGAAAUGUGUGUACUCCAUGCGCGUUACCUCGCCGGCUGUUUGUGUUGGCGGCGAAGACGGAGCAAACGGCGCACCUCGGUCGAAAGAUGAGCUGUGA